AUUCGCAGUAUAUACUGUAGCCGUCCGGUUUAAGAAAUUGAGAAGCAAUGGAUCCGGCACGAUAUUUUUCCUCACCUACAGCAGGAACAAAAUUUAGUGCAGUGGAUUUCAUCAGGCAACCUGUUGUUAUUUUGCAGCUGGUGGGAUUGGUGUUCGCUACUAUUGUCUUUGGCUGCGUCUCUAACGGAUGUCGAACUCCAGACCACGUGUGCGUUUACCAUGGAGAAGGAAGCGCCUGCAGCUAUGCAGUGGUUACUGGGGUGCUUGCCUUCUUGGUUUUGAUUGCCUUCUUAGUCUGCAGUGGAACGUUUAAUUCCAUUUCAAAUAUCAAGAAGAGACGACAAAUAGUGAUCGCCGAGCUAGCUCUUUCUGGCUUGUGGACCUUCCUUUGGUUUGUUAGCUUUUGUCUUCUUACAAACAAAUGGACAACUACUACUGAGGACUGGUUGGAGCGUCACAAAGUUGAGAGCUGGCAAAGAAAUAAUGCACGCUCAGCAAUUGUUUUCUCGAUGGCCUCUAUCGGGGUUUGGGCCGGUCUGACAUUCUUUGCCUUACAACGUUUCCGAUUGGGACAAGUGCAGCUUGGAGCGGAGGAGCAAGGAACAGGUAUACAGGGGACACCAGGUGGUGACACUGCAGGAAUGCCUGAAUCAGGUUACACUGAUAUACCGGAGCAAGGAAGCCAACAGCCAUUUUCGAGCGGAAAGACCCAGCAGCAAAGUAUUGGUGGUGGCCAGUAUUAUGCUGCAAACUACUAGACGAAAUGUCACUUACACUCUGCUGACUACGUUCAGUGCGUCAACGGAACCCAAUUUACGAUAUCCUCGUGUCGUCAAUCCAAAAGAGAACUUCGCAAUCCUGCGUUCGUCCACAUUGCCAUUUAUGGGCACCCCACUGCAUAUAUGCGCUUGGGUGGUCAUCACACAUACCAAUAACACACCAAUGCGUCCUUGCAUUUAACUUUUAUGUUGUCAAUCUGAUGAAGGCUUAGGACACACGCAGCUUCUUUAGAACUCAAUAACUCACAUCAACAUUCCGGUCCAUCUCGAUGCGGUGCCAGUGAACGUUAUCAUAUUCCCCGACAGUGUCUGUUCUAGCAACAUUUCUAUUGUGUUUUCACUGAACUGAUUGCCUUUAGUCAUUCAUUUGUAACUACUCGGUGUUAUACGACGGUUGUACCAGUAAACAAAUCUCACAUUUUGAGACUGAUAAAUCUUGCA